CUAGUGUGUGUGUGACAAUCAUUGGUACUUUAACUUUAACUUUAAAAAAAAAACAAUGGGCAGUGAAAAUGAAGUCCAAUCUGACUAAUAACAACAACAAUAUUGAAGUAGUCCAGUAAAGAGUGACGAGAGAAACAAUUACUCACCAUUCCAAAGUUAGCAUUAGCAUGUUAGCAUGUGGUCGCAGCCUGUAACAGAAGACGAGAGGACGUUCUUUCAUUUUUAAUGGCGUGUGAACUGAGACGCGGAGCUGCAACGUCUCCGCAAAGUCUUAGCAUCGGUAAUUGUGUCUUUUUCCUUCUUCCUUUUCCCGUCCUCAAGUGACCUUUUGAGGUAAGCUCGGACAAGAUUGUGUUACUUCCCGCCUACCUUGUGCUCGUGUGUUAUUUAUGACUGGGGGGGAGACGCAUGAAAAGGGAGUGACAGAAGAAAAGAAGAGGAGGAAGAAAGUCGAAGGAUGAUGGAGGAGGUUGUCGGCAAGAGACGGCCAAUAAUCUCAGCUAAGGAGAGAGGACCGGGUCCGGGACGCUACGCGCUACCGCCGACCGUGGGCUACAUCAACCAUGACGUCACCAAGCCCAACAGCCCCGCCUACACCUUCCACAGCCGCAUGAGCAGCGCCAUGGUCUCUGUGGAUUCCAGUCCAGGACCAAGGUACCACGUAGGCGCCAAGGUGACGCGAUUUGGCAGAAUGGACACGCCCUCCUACUCCAUGUUGGGGCGGGGGAGGCGCAUUAGCUCAAAAGGUAAUGACUUCCAGACUCCGGGGCCAGGGGCUUACAGCCCUGAGAGGGCUCCGCCUCUAAACGCUCAACGAAAACCGCCGGCUUACACCAUCGGCGCUCGGACACGAUAUCGCUCUGUGGAUGCAGUACCGGCACCCAACAGCUAUAUGCUUCCCAACCUGCUGGGUAGUCGGGCGUCGGGCGUCAGCCACAGCAUGUCGGCACGCAGGCAGGUGGGCGCCCCCUCCGAGGACCUGGCCAAGAGCCCCGGGCCCAGCAAAUACAACAGCACCAACCCGGACGUUUACCUCCAGCGCCAGCCCUCCUUCUCCAUGCAGAGCAGGACUAAAAGACCUACUUACUCCAUGGCCACGCCGGGCCCGGGGUCUUACAGCCCAGAGAGAUCCAACGGGCUCUUUCGCAAGGCACCUUCCUUCACCAUGGGCGUCAGGCACUCCGAGUUUGUCAUGCCGCUUGUCUUGGAAAUUAUCGACUGACUGUGAGUGUGUGGAUUUUUCUUGAUUGCAAAAAAGUGUGUAAGAAAGCGUACUAUGCAUAUCACGCUAAUGUUGUUUCUGUUAUGUAUAUUUCCUGAAAAUGAAACGCUACACGAUUUUGUGGCCACUCGUGUUACGUAGCACAAACAUUAACGUUGAUUACACCAGUCUGCUCCUUUUCGAGGUUAUUAGAUACAUUCACGAAAAAUGCAAAGUCAUGCUAACGCUGUUUGUGCUACGUCCGUUUCCAAAAAGUAUCACUCGCUACAAACGUCUUUAGCCUCGAUUGAAUCUACAGGAGUGUUGAUUCUUGAUGUUUUUAACAAA